UCUGUCACUCCCAUUUGGCCAGACUAGGAAACACGAAGAAAAGUCAAUUUUGUGUGUUUGUGUGUAAUAAAUUUGCAGAAGUAGAAGAAGUAGAAAUUUAUUAAAUCCAAAAAUUCUCAAAUAAUGGCAAAAACCUACGACUAUCUGUUCAAAUUACUCUUAAUUGGCGAUUCGGGCGUUGGAAAGACUUGCAUUUUAUUUCGAUUUUCGGAAGAUGCUUUCAACACAACUUUCAUUUCCACAAUAGGUAUUGACUUUAAGAUAAGGACAAUCGAAUUAGAUGGAAAAAAAAUUAAACUUCAGAUAUGGGACACAGCCGGUCAAGAACGAUUCCGAACAAUUACAACUGCAUACUACAGAGGUGCAAUGGGAAUAAUGCUCGUCUAUGACAUUACACAAGAAAAAUCAUUUGAAAAUAUUAAAAAUUGGAUUCGAAAUAUCGAAGAAAAUGCCUCGGCUGAUGUGGAAAAGAUGUUGCUAGGAAAUAAGUGCGAAUUGAAUGAAAAGCGACAGGUAACGAAAGAACGAGGCGAGCAAUUAGCUGUUGAAUACGGAAUUAAAUUCAUGGAAACGUCGGCAAAAGCUAGUGUUAACGUUGAGGAGGCCUUCUUUACCCUUGCCAGUGAUAUUAAAGCUAAAAUGGAAAAACGAAUGGAAGCGAAUAAUCCACCGAAGGGCGGUCAUCAAUUGCGAGCGACUGAGCCAGCUAGAAAAGCGGAUAGUUGGCUGUCCCGAUGCAGUCUACUUUGACCUGUUAGUUGUCUUCUUUGUUUCUAAACGAUAAUAAACUCUAUAUUUAAUGAACUUAUACAAUUAACUUACCUAUUUAAAUAUAAAACAAAAAUGGAAGCGACAACCAUGUUCUCGUACAACUUUCUUUUUUGUUGAUGGAUUAAAAUCGUGAAUUGAAAAACCAAAAUAAUUUCGAAACUUGGAAUAAUAAGUUUUUCUUUUGAUAUAAAAAAAGAUUUAAAAUCACAAUAAUGAAUAACGCAAACACACAAACCACACACAACAUCAACUCUAACCAAUGUAAUAUCAAACGCGAUUUUAUUGAUUUCGUGGCUAUCAAGUAAAUAGUGAAUGGAAAUAUCAUUUUUUUCGGUCAAGAAUUUUUUUCUUCUUUUGUUUGUUGAAAAUAUGUUUAAUUGAAGUGAUUUUCACAGCCGUUUGUAUGGUGUAGUUUAAUGUAAACUUUAAAUGUACUUGAAUAUUAUUGUACCCUCCAUUCAGUUUGGAUGUUUAAGUUUUACUAUUAUAAAAUUCGAAGAAAAAUAAUAAUCAAUUCGAAGCAAUGGUAAAGUUAAAAACGAUUUUGAGCAGAGAAUUCUUUUAAUUUAAUUUUUUUGUUUUGUUUUCCUUAACCAAGAAAAUCCUGUAAGGUUCCCAAGAAUUUUUCUUUUUUUGUUUAAACUUUUUUUUAAUUUAAUAAAAUUUUAGUUUUGUAGGAAAUAAAAAAAAAACCUUUCGGCACAUACAAACCACAAAAAUAAACGAUUUUUAUAAUUGAAAUUUGUUUAAAUUGAAUACAGUGUGAGAAAAUGCAGGCGUAAUAUUUACGAUGUUAAUAAUAAUCCAACUUGUUCCGCAUGCAAUAUCCACAAAAAGGAAAUUACGUUCGAGGGAUUGUUUUUGCCCGGUCCGGUCUACCAAUCCAAUUUUACUUUUACCAAUACCUUAAAUCAACCUAUUAUACAGCCCACAUGUAUAUCAGUAGGUUACACCUAAUGGUGUGAAAUCUAGACCAAAUUCUUAGAGCCUUUCUGUUCUGUGACUUUUAAUUUUGAGCCCUUUACUAAACGAGGCUAGGCCUAUUCUAUACUCGUAAUAGAAAAUCCAAAUCGGUGUCAUAUUGAAGCUAUUGAAGUCAAAUGACGGAUGUAGUUGAAAAAUAAAAUUUUCGGUUGUUGAUGUAGCGUGUCUAAUAGGUCGAAAAUUUACAAAAUUUUACGUGUCAGACCUGCUCAACGUAAUAGUGUUUUUCAAUGAAAUUCAAUGGGCUCGAAUACCUCAUAUUUAGACAAUAUUUUGGAUUUUCUAUGAUGUGUAACAGGUGAAAUAAACUCUACGCCUCAAAUCGUUAGAGAACCCUGCUAGUGCUAAAAAAUAACCGUCGUAGAACACAUGUUUUUCGUAUCUGGUAAUGCAUGGAUUUUGAACCUAGGCCUUGUGAAUUAACAUUUCGUUCUCGGUCAUGUAUUCGUACAUUUAGCAAUGUGAUGAAUAUUGCAUGUGGAAUGAAUGACAAAAACUGUGUUGGAAAUGAUCCGUUUCCAUAUUUCUCACUCUGUAUGACAGAAUGUCGACUAAACUUAAGUGGUCACAAAAGCUACAUUAGUUUCAUUCAAGGACAGAUGAAAAUUAUCACCUGAAAUUAGAAUUAAAAACCCUCUCUAGCAACCUAACUACAUUUAUUAAAGUGGUAAAAAUGCAACAUUUUUUGUACUUUCAAUAUUAUUAUUACCAUCACGAACCAAUCUCCACUUUUAUACCGAUUUUUCUCGAGUCAAAGAAUUGAAGGCAAAUAAAAAGGAAUCUUUGCUUUACCAUCGAACGUGAAUUGUUGUUACACUCGAAAAUUUAAAGUGCCCUAGCUGUUUUAAACGAUUGAUUUUGAAGCAAUUUCACUUUAUUUGCCUACACUUCUGUCCAAAAUUUUCGUCUUGACCAUUUGGAUAAUGUACACCUGUGGCACAUUAAUAAACAUUUAGGACGGAGGUGCGUAAUCUACUAUUUCUCACAGUAUCCCACAUAAACCAUUCUUUGUGUGGUGACAUUUAUCAAAAACAAAAUCAUUCUAGUUUAAGUACCACCGGCACCUUCACAGGAAAAAAAUUGGUUGAAUUUUGCUUCACCUCGGAUGGCAAAUUUUACACGAAAAUUUAAAGUUUCAACUUUUAAAACAACUGUUCCAACAUAUUUGGUAGAUAAAGUAAGGUCACAGAGAAAGUAAAAUUGUAAAGUAUUUGUAAUACUCUCGGUACAGUUAAUGUCAAACUAAUUUGUGACUAUCUUUUCAUCAGCUGCUUUACACACCAAUCUUUCGUCAUUAUACGGCUGUUAAUAACAGCCUCAUAUAGUCAUGCGUAAGAGCAUUGUAGGUGCAGAACCGAAUAAGGACUCGAAAGCAGUGUGAUUGUAUUAAUGAAUCAUCUGGUAAGUCAGUUUGAGCAAACUUAGACUCGAAUUUGGUUGAUAUUAACUGUAAUUUUUGUUCGCAAUAUUUGUUAACUACUUUAACGUUCAAACUUCUAAAUUUCUAUCAAGUUGGUCUAUUCAGAUUCCUUAGAGGCUCCGCUUCUGGAGAUAAUAUAACUUUUAUUUAGUCUUUUGUCUAAAUUUCGACUGCCUCUGGAAAGCAUUAUUGAACUUUGAUCCAAUCUUUUGUCUAUUGAAAAGGAAAUAGAGUAGAGAAAUUUAACCAUUUUCUGGCGAUUGAUUCGCUAUUUUGGAAUAAAAAACAAUCAAACAGCAGAAAAUAAAAAUGAAAAUAUUUUUUAAAAAAGGAAACCGUGUUUUCACAUUGAAAUAAACGAAAUUUGUGAUACAAACUUUUGAUUUUUUUUACAUUACACUUUUAUACGAAGAUAUUACAUACGAAAUAAUAAAAAAAAAAAAAUGGAAACGUAGAGACGACAAAAUAUUACGAAUCUCAAAGUAAAAUAAAGUUAAGGAUUCAAUUACAAACAUAAAAUAAAGAAAAAAAUCUAAACCAAGAUAAUAACAAGAAAUGUCUUUUGUGUGAUGUAAUCCUAUUCCACCAUUAAAUGUAGUAGCUGUAAGAAAUUAUGUAAAAAAAACCUAGGAGAAGUAAAAUAAACAUCACGAAUGCAAUAUUUAAA